CAGCGGCGCGGGCUCGAGACUCACCGUGGUCAAGUUCACCAUGAGAGGGUGCGGACCAUGUUUGAGGAUUGCCCCAGCAUUCAGUUCUAUGAGUAAUAAAUAUCCACAGGCUGUUUUCUUGGAAGUAGAUGUACAUCAGUGUCAGGGAACAGCUGCCACCAAUAAUAUAUCUGCAACACCUACGUUUUUGUUUUUCCGAAACAAAGUAAGAAUUGAUCAAUAUCAAGGAGCAGAUGCUGUGGGAUUAGAAGAAAAAAUCAAGCAGCACUUAGAAAAUGACCCUGGAAGCAAUGAGGACACAGACAUUCCAAAAGGCUAUAUGGAUUUAAUGCCUUUUAUUAACAAAGCUGGUUGUGAAUGUCUUAAUGAAAGUGAUGAGCAUGGAUUUGACAACUGUUUACGAAAAGACCUGAGCUUCUUGGAAUCUGACUGUGAUGAACAGCUACUUAUUACUGUGGCAUUUAAUCAACCUGUUAAGCUUUAUUCCAUGAAGUUUCAAGGGCCAGAUAAUGGUCAAGGUCCUAAAUAUGUAAAAAUUUUUAUCAACCUACCCCGAUCUAUGGAUUUUGAAGAGGCAGAAAGAAGUGAACCAACUCAAGCUCUGGAACUGACAGAGGAUGAUAUUAAAGAAGAUGGCAUUGUUCCGCUUCGUUAUGUUAAGUUUCAGAAUGUUAACAGUGUAACUAUAUUUGUUCAGUCCAAUCAAGGUGAAGAAGAAACAACAAGAAUUUCAUAUUUUACUUUUAUUGGUACUCCAGUCCAGGCAACAAAUAUGAAUGACUUCAAACGAGUAGUUGGCAAAAAAGGAGAAAGCCACUAAGGUACAAAAGACACUGGAAGACCAUAUUGCAAUCAGAUCUACAGCUCCUGGAUAAUUGCUUGAUUCUCGCCAGAGACUGUCAAUGUUUCAUUCAUUGCCAUUACCAAUAAAUCAUUGCUUUUGUUCA